ACCUAUUGGCAGUGUCAUAAAGCUUCUCACCAAAGAACAGAUGGUGGGUUCCCUUGGAAACCUUUACGACAGCCUUGAGAAUAUGAACGAUACCUACAUUCACUCACCAGAAAACAAAGACACCCUUUUGAAGCCUAUAGUUCCCAACAAUGCUGCAAAUAUGCCUCCCUUGUUGCCAACACUCGAAUUAUCCAAACCCAUCGGAAUUUAUAGGUGUGGUAAUUACCUUCGUAGAAACUGUGGUCUCUAUGUUUCCAGUGAUUCUAAAUUCAUUUGUCCUUCCUGCAAUAAUGUUAUGAAUCAAACUGCAACCAAUGUUAAUCCAAAAAAGAAGGAUUCAUCUACUAAUGAGGGAGGUUAUGUGAAAGGGGUUGUUACAUACAUUAUCAUGGAUGAUCUUGUUGUGAGACCUAUGUCAGCCAUUUCUUGUUUCAAUUUACUCAACAAGUUCAAUAUCAAGGAUGUAGGGGUUCUUCAAGAUAAAACCAUUGAUAUAGGAAUCGAUGAGUGUGUGAAGUUGCUAAAGGCUUCGUUUCAGUACAAGACUGUGCUCAGUGAUGUGUUCCUCGAGAAGAAGAUGGGCGAAAGCAAUGCUAGUAGCUCUUCUGGAGUAAAUUCAAAAGUGAUAUAGGACAUGCUGGUUGAUUUUCAGUUUGCAAGAUUGUUUUAUGAGUCUAUCAAUCU